AUGGAGAUGCUCUUAUAUAGUUUGCUAAUUUUAAAUUGUUCAUCCGUCUCUUUCCCAUCUCUCAAGAAAUUGGGUCUUGAUAGCAUCAUAUACCUAGGCGGUGACAAAUAUGUCAAUAGGCUUUUAUCCAAUUGUCCUGUUCUUGAAGACUUGCAUGUGGACCGAUGUCUUGAAGUCAACGUCGUCAUUUUCACCGUUAGAGUGCCGUCUCUAAAGGUUUUGGGGAUGUUUAAUUUCACUGAAAAAGAUAGAGAUGAUGUUGCAUACGGGGUUUUCAUAGAUACUCCUUCUGUGGAGACAUUGAAUAUUCUUGAUCGUACGGAUGGGUUUUGUGUGCUUAAGAAUGAAAUGCCUAACGUUGCAACGGUAGACAUUGACCUUACGUAUAAUAGUCAUUCUGGGAAUAUUCUGGGUUGUAUAUCUCAAGUAGAGGAUUUAUGGUUAUCUUUAUCUUCCUCACAGGAUGCAUAUCCUAGUGGUUGUGUCUUCCACCGUCUGGUAGAUUUUACGCUAUGCGAUGUAAGAAGCAGUGGUUGGACUUACUUAUGUGUGUGGUCAGAGAUUCACCUAAAUUACGAGUUCUCAAAAUUGAGCAGUACCAUUGCUCUCAGGAAAAUAAACUAA